AUGACGGACGUCAAGAUGCAGGUCGAGAACCCACAAAAGACCGUCGAAGCGAUCAAGAGCGGAGAAAUCGAUGAAUCCCUUUAUAGUCGGCAGCUAUAUGUUCUUGGUCAUGAGGCCAUGAAGCGCAUGGGCUCUUCAAAUGUUCUCGUUGUUGGACUGAAAGGCCUCGGUGUCGAAAUCGCCAAGAACAUUGCCCUCGCCGGCGUGAAGUCGCUUACUCUCUACGACCCUGCACCCGUCGCUAUUGCGGAUCUCUCAUCUCAAUUCUUCCUCCAACCGGAGGAUGUUGGCAAGCCUCGUGCUGAAGUCACCGCCCCACGAGUGGCUGAACUGAACUCGUAUGUUCCAACUACAAUCCAUGAGGGCGAGAGCCUCGUGGGCGAUCUGGAACAACUCAAACGAUACCAAGCAGUAGUCCUCACGCAAACACCUUUGAGCGAACAGCUUGUUAUUGCCGACUUCUGCCAUAAGAAUGGGAUUUAUCUCACCAUUACGGAUACUUUUGGUCUUUUUGGUUACAUCUUCAACGAUUUCGGCAAGAACUUCACUGUCGGUGACCCAAGUGGUGAGGACCCUGCCGAGGGAAUUGUUGCACACAUCAAUGAGGAGGGACUGGUAUCGGCACUGGACGAGUCCCGACACGGCCUCGAGGAUGGUGACUUUGUCUCAUUCACUGAAGUCGAGGGCAUGGAAGGUCUUAACAACAGUGAUCCUCGCAAGAUCACCGUCAAGGGACCCUACACUUUCACCAUCGGUGAUGUGUCCGGCCUGGGCACCUACCAGCGCGGUGGUAUUUUCAAACAAGUUAAGAUGCCCAAGUUCAUUGAUUUCCAGCCUUUGAGUGAGCAGCUCAAAAAUCCCGAGCUUCUGAUCUCGGAUUAUGCCAAGUUUGAUAGACCACAGCAAUUGCACAUCGGUAUUCAGGCUCUUCACAAGUUUGCGGAGGCCCAUGAAGGCCAGCUGCCACGUCCUCACAAUGACAGUGAUGCACAGGAGAUUCUGAAGCUUUCAACUGAUCUUGCGGCUGCUAGUGAGGACAAGGUGGAGCUUGAUGAGAAGCUCAUCAAAGAGCUCAGCUACCAGGCUCGUGGUGAUUUGAACCCGUUGGCCGCGUUCUUUGGUGGUAUCGCUGCCCAAGAAGUUCUCAAGGCUGUCUCUGGCAAAUUCGGUCCCGUGCAGCAAUGGAUGUACUUUGACUCCUUGGAGUCUUUGCCCCCAUCCGUCGCUCGGUCCGAAGAGAGCUGCCAGCCUCUUGGUACUCGUUACGACGGCCAAAUUGCCGUCUUUGGAAAGGAGUACCAGGACAAGCUCGCCAAUGUGACCCAAUUCCUAGUCGGCGCCGGUGCCAUCGGUUGCGAAACCCUCAAGAACUGGGCCAUGAUUGGCUUGGGCACAGGCCCUAAGGGUAAAAUUCUCGUCACCGAUAUGGAUCAGAUUGAGAAGAGCAACCUGAAUCGUCAAUUCCUGUUCCGCACCAAAGAUGUCGGUAAACUCAAGAGCGAGUGUGCCUCUGCAGCUGUCCAGGCGAUGAACCCGGAGCUGAAUGGCAAAAUUGUCACUCUCCGUGACCGUGUUGGUGCGGAUACUGAGCAUGUGUUCAACGAAGACUUCUGGAAUGGUCUUGACGGUGUCACCAACGCUCUAGACAAUGUCGAAGCACGCACAUAUGUCGAUCGUCGCUGUGUGUUCUUCCGCAAGCCUCUGCUCGAAAGUGGUACACUCGGAUCCCCCGAGAAGUCUUUCCCCAUGUGUACCCUCAAGAGUUUCCCGAACCGCAUCGAACACACCAUUGCUUGGGCUCGUGAUAUCUUCCAAACUUAUUUUGUUGGCCCACCUGAGUCUGUCAACAUGUACCUCUCGCAACCCGACUACAUUCAACAAACCCUCAAGCAGGCAGGUAACGAGAAGCAAACAUUGGAGCAUCUGCGGGACUUCUUGGUCACGGAGAAGCCUUUGACAUUCGAUGAUUGUAUUGUCUGGGCUCGCCAGCAAUUUGAAGCACAGUACAACAAUGCGAUUCAGCAACUCCUUUACAAUUUCCCCCGGGAUUCCAAAACAUCUUCCGGCCAGCUGUUCUGGUCUGGACCCAAGCGCGCUCCCACGCCGCUGAAGUUUGACAGCACUAGCCCCACUCAUCUCGGAUACGUCAUCGCUGGCGCCAAUCUGCACGCCUUCAACUACGGCAUCAAAAACCCUGGCGCAGACAAGGGCUACUACCGCAGAGUAGUCGACGACAUGAUCAUUCCCGAGUUUACUCCCAGCUCCAACGUCAAAAUCCAGGCCAAUGACAACGACCCUGACCCUAAUGCUCAGCCCAGCGGUGGCGCUUCUGAUGAGGAUGAUAUGGAGCAACUCAUCUCUUCUUUGCCCUCGCCUAAAUCACUCGCUGGCUUCCGCUUGCAGCCGGUUGAGUUCGAGAAGGACGACGACACCAACCACCACAUCGACUUCAUCACAGCGGCUAGCAACCUCCGUGCGGAGAACUAUGACAUUCAUCAAGCCGACCGACACAAAACCAAAUUUAUCGCUGGAAAGAUCAUUCCUGCCAUUGCCACCACCACCGCUUUGGUUACCGGUCUCGUUGCUCUCGAACUCUACAAGGUCGUUGGUGGCCAAGAUGAUAUUGAGAAAUACAAGAACGGCUUUAUCAACCUCGCACUUCCAUUCUUCAGCUUCAGUGAGCCUAUCCAGAGUGCAAAGAGCAAGUACCAGGGCAAGGAAGGUGAGGUCACCAUUGACAAUCUUUGGGACCGGUUUGAGGUGGAAGACAUUCCUCUUCAGGAGUUCAUCAACUAUUUCGCCGAAAAGGGUUUGGAAAUCACCAUGGUCAGCUCUGGGGUCAGUUUGCUGUAUGCAAGCUUCUACCCUCCAUCCAAGGUCAAGGAUCGCCUGCCUCUUUCCAUGAGCAAGCUUGUGGAGCACGUUAGCAAGAAACCCAUCCCCUCUCACCAAAAGAACAUUAUCUUUGAGGUGACCGCCGAGGACCAGACCGAAGAGGAUGUUGAAGUCCCUUACGUCAUGGUUAAGCUCUCCAAAUAA